AUGCGCACGGAGGAGAAGGAGACUGCAGGGGAAGGAUGGAGGGUUGGUCGGCCUACUAAGACGCAGUUGAUGCGCGUCUGCAAACCAUUCGUUGACCUUCCAUCCUCUCCGCCUUUCUCGAAUCCAACAACCAUCACCGAGACCAUCGCACUCGUCGAGCACCAAAUCUACUGCGACGGCCUUUCCCGAACCCUCGCCCACUACCGACAAAAGUGGGCUGCAAAUGGGAAACAACGUGCCUGGCAGACCUUCGCCGCAGCAUUACCAAAGCUAUGGCCUAGCGGCGAGAUACCAAGUGUUCCACCCGUACGUAGCGAACCUGGCGUGAAGCUUUCGGUGAAGCUGGCUACAAUCGAUUGCAUGAAAGAAUAUGGUGAAACGCCGUUUAGUCCGUUGAAUGGGACUGAGGCGUGGACGAGGGAUGAUGAUAGAGUUUGGGAUGUUGUUGAGGUUGUUGUCGAGGAAGAACCUGUGUCGCCUGUCGCUUCAAUUGAAGAAGAAUACGAUGACAAUGACGAUGCUGGGGGCAAGGAUGGAGAAGGGACUGGUGAUUCAGGGGAGGACGACAGCCACGUUAUAGACGAUUAG